UUUUAUAAUUUAUUUAAUUAUUUUCUCCCUACAAAAUCUUGAUCUCUCUGCUGUUGUGGAGUGGUGUUGUGUUAAUCUCAUUCACACAUUCACAGUUAUACUCUCUCUCUCUUUGUCGCUUGGAUCACUGAUCUCAUCUCAAUUUUCAGAUAUGUCGACAUCUGAUAAGCCAGAAGUGGUGGAAAGGGGUAGCAAGGAUGAAAAACACAAGGAAGAUGAUCAAGAGGAGGGGAAGGGUGGAUUCAUUGAGAAGGUGAAGGAUUUCAUUCAUGACAUUGGUGAGAAGAUUGAGGAAGCUAUUGGGUUUGGGAAGCCAACUGCUGACGUUACUGCGAUUCACAUUCCAUCGAUUAAUCUUCACAAGGCAGAUCUUGUUGUUGAUGUGCUCAUCAAGAACCCGAAUCCGGUGCCAAUCCCUCUGAUUGACAUAGAUUACUUGGUUGACAGUGAUGAAAGGAAGCUAGUUUCUGGAUUGAUACCAGAUGCGGGUACCAUCGGUGCACAUGGAGAGCAGACUGUCAAAAUUCCUGUCACUUUGAUUUAUGAUGACAUCAAGCAAACAUAUGCUGAUAUUAAACCUGGAAGCAUCAUUCCUUAUAGGGUGAAGGUUAGUCUCAUUUUUGAUGUUCCCAUCUUGGGAAGGCUAACUCUACCUUUGGAGAAAACUGGAGAAAUCCCCAUACCAUACAAGCCUGAUAUUGAUCUUGAGAAGAUUCAUUUUGAAAGGUUCUCUUUUGAAGAGACAAUUGCAACGCUUCAUUUGAAGUUGGAAAACAAGAAUGAUUUCGACCUUGGCCUCAAUGCGCUCGAUUAUGAGGUCUGGCUUGGUGAUGUUAGCAUUGGUGGUGCAGAACUCACCAAGUCUGCUAAAAUUGAGAAAAGUGGAAUUAGUUAUAUUGAUAUUCCAAUUACCUUCAGGCCCAAGGAUUUUGGCUCUGCACUCUGGGACAUGAUUAGAGGAAGGGGAACAGGUUACACCAUGAAAGGACAUAUUGAUGUUGACACUCCCUUUGGAGCAAUGAAGUUGCCCAUCAGCAAAGAAGGUGGUACUACCCGUCUUAAGAAAAAGAAGGAAGAUCGUGAUUAUGAUGACGAUGACGAUGAUGAGGAUUGAAGAAUUGUAGCAGGUUAUUACUAGCUAUUAAUAAAAGCAGGCAUUACUUUCUGAGUUCUGAUGGGCAAUUUUUAUGUAUCUUGAGAGUUCAAGUGGACAUUCAAAUUAUGUGCUAGUAUCAGUAUUUUAGUGAAUAUAUGCUGCUGCAGUCCGGCUUGUGUUUUCUCUUGAAACUUUCUUGUUGUACUUAAUUGAUGAUCAUGACAAUCUAGUGCUGUUUUAAUGUGAGAUAAAAGAUCAUUUGCCUUGGAACUUUGUGUGGCCGGUUUUAUUUAUUUUAUCUAAGAGGUGGGGUUUUGCUUUGUCAUUCCGGAAUUGAGAAUUGACUAUGGCUUCUUUUGAGGGUUGUGUCAUGUGUGUGGUUUCUAUUAGCCUGCUGGUAUAAAUCAAACAGUUCUAUUGAAAAGUUUGGAAGUUUGCUCGUACCAAACAACAUGAAAGCACUACUAAGUUUUGUGCCUGUCCUGGUCUAAGUAUUAAGACAAAAAGUGCAUCUUCCUAGUAAUUGCUAUACAUCGGCAAUUCAGAGUUCGACCAUAAAGAGAAGGUUCUCUCCUAGACUCACAUCAAUGGUGCCAAAAUACCAGUAAUUCUUGAUUCAAUGAUGAGUAUAUCUGAAAUUAAUGCCGUAAGGAAUGAUAUUUCAAAAUUGUAAACUCAAAAUUGUUUCCCAUGCAUUAUAAACUGGUGCUUUUGGAA